AGGCUAGUGUUCUGACCACUAGACCACCGUGGCUGUCACACUAAACCCUAUUAUGUGCUAAUUAAAUCCAGUCUACACCCUCGACUCUUAAUACCACAUUCUCAACUUGUGUAUUCCCAUCACGAUUUCAGACAAUUUUCUUACACAUUUCAUAAGCCAAAUUCUUAAAUUAUACAUUUGCAUGCUCAUUCAAAUCAAAAUACCAUGUGUUCGUAUGUGUCCCACGAAAGUUAACUAAAAGUAAAGCUAUCCAGCUAUACGCUAUUUACCCCCGGGUAAAAGACCCCGGUACCCAUUGGACAGGAGGUUGGGUGGGCCCCAGAGGCUAAAGGAAAAAUGAUCUGCCCUGUGAUCGAACCUCGGUCGUCCAGUGCGUAGUCAGUCAGUAUACUGACUGAGCUACCUAACCUCACAAAAGUUAGUUUUUAAACCCAAUAAUUAUUUAAGCUUAUUUAAUUAGUAACAAACAAUAUACGAUAAGAAAUUUUUCGACGUAUGCAAAUAUUUCGGUGGGCAUAUGGGAAUGAACGUUCGCGACAAAUAAUUUAUAUACGAAUGUUUCAGCUUUCAUAGAACAGUUCUCAUUUGUUAGUUAAAUAAAUAAAAUUACUCAAGGAUCGGGCUCUUGUGAACACCAUUAACCAGAAGUCUGUCACCUUUAAAAGUCGCAGAAUUUUUAGAAUCAGCUGAACUAACAUUUCACGUUAAAUGUAAUCGGUGAUUCACUGAUGCAUGAAUAUACGCUCUUGGUUUCUAAUAGUUCUGACUUUUCUUCACCGAAACUCCUGGAAUAUUCCAUUUCGACAAGCUCCAAAAGAAUAAACUUAAUCUAGAUGAGUGGUCUAGUGUACAAACGUAUGUGUCACCUUUGUGUUUGUUAAUGAUUAAGUAGAAUUCCUAGAAAUUAUGUAGACCUGUUUUCGUAAACUCGUGGCAUAUUUAUGUUACUGCUUUUAAGUACCUAUAGAAAGAGGUGACUUAGCAUUCACGCCUCAUAUAUCAGUGUCUUUUCAGAUAAGUAAAUGCUUACACUUUUGUACAUAUAAAAUCACGGUAAAAUGUCUCUCAGAGUGCAUUUAUUCUCGCAGAUGGGACAAAUAUUAGAACUGUGAUAAAACAUACUAUUUCUACAAGCACACCUGUGAAGAAAGAAGCCAAGAUGUCCUGCCUGUCUCUUACAAUGAGUAAGAGCGUGUUACCAGUGUUGAUGAUUGCAGCCUGUUGGGAUGCCCUGUUAGUAGUGCAGAAUAAAGGUGUCGCCUUUUCAUCUCCAGCUACAGAAACACGAAUUAAACCGACGACUGAUGAACAAGAUGUCUCCGAUCUGUUAAAAUCAACAGAAUCAGCGAUUCUCACGGAGCAAUUUCCUUCUGAGUCAACAAAACCCUUUUUUCAGGGCGCAUCAACAGUUAUUAAACCAGCUGAACUGGAAUUGACGCAACAGGAUUCUACCAUCAAUGAAGAAACAGAACUCGCAACUAACACACCAGCAACAAGGCUGAAUAUCACAAGAGAGUCAAGUCAAGACGCAACUACUGAUACGCCCAAUGGACUGGAAUUGACGCAACAGGAUUCUACCAUCAAUGAAGAAACAGAACUCGCAACUAACACACCACCAACAGGGCUGAAUAUCUCAAGAGAGUCAAGUCAAGACGCAACUACUGAUACGCCCAAUGGACUGGAAUUGACGCAACGGGAUUCUACCAUCAAUGAAGAAACAGAACUCGCAACUAACACACCAGCAACAGGGCUGAAUAUCACAAGAGAGUCAAGUCAAGACGCAACUACUGAUACGCAAAAUGGACUGGAAUUGACGCAACAAGAUCCUAUUCUUAUCUCUAGGCAAUAA